UCGACGACUCCUCUCCUCUCUUCUCGGACACUGACCUUGAUCUCGGACCUCUUGUCUUGUGCAUCUUAAUUCAGCACUGUCUAGCUCUGGGACGUUACAACCAUGAGUGACAUGGAAGUUAUGGACGAGAAGGCCAAUGGUGGCCCGCCUUUGGAGGUGGAGGAGAUGGUCUCUGUUCAGGAUCACGAUGCGUUCGCGGCGAAGCAUAUGCCAGAUCUCGGGCAUGAAGUGAAAGAGUUUACGGUACUUCACUGGAAACUGACGAACUGGAAGAAGCUCGAGAAGAAGAUUACUAGCCCAGAGUUCGACUGUGGAGGUCACCGCUGGCGUAUUUUGCUCUUCCCAUUCGGCAAUUCAAAUGCACCCCCAAAUGACACUGUAUCUGUGUACCUUGACUACGCGGAUCCCAAGCGAGCACCGGAAGGGUGGCACGCGUGCGCACAAUUCGCCCUCGUAAUUUCGAAUCCUAACGACCCAACUAUCUACACCGUGAGCCACGCGCACCAUCGGUUCAUUGCCGAGGAGUGCGACUGGGGAUUUACCCGCUUCAGCGAGCUCAGGAAGCUCUUCAGCGUCCAGGAUGGACAUGCUCGGCCAACUAUUGAAGAUGAGUCGGCAAUUGUCAGCGUCUUUGUGCGUGUUCUCGAAGACCCGACGGGUGUGCUUUGGCACAACUUCGUCAACUACGAUUCAAAGAAGGAGACCGGAUACGUCGGGCUGAAGAAUCAGGGCGCAACGUGUUACAUGAAUUCAUUACUCCAGUCUCUCUUCUGCACACGCUAUUUCCGGAAGGCUGUGUACCAGAUACCCACCGAAGAUGACCUCCCAACGGAGAGUGUAUCCCUCGCCUUACAGCGUGUAUUCUAUCAUCUUCAGACGUCGGAUCAACCAGUCGGGACUACUGAGUUGACGAAAUCCUUUGGCUGGAAGUCGCUGGAUUCAUUUCUGCAACAUGAUGUGCAAGAAUUCAACCGUGUGUUGCAAGACAAACUCGAGACAAAGAUGAAGGGGACGAAAGCCGAAGGCGCCAUUGCGAAGCUGUUCGUGGGCAAGAUGAAGAGCUACAUCAAAUGCGUCAACGUGGAUUACGAGUCGUCUCGCAUUGAGGAAUUCAAUGAUAUCCAGCUGAACGUGAAGGGCAUGAAGAAUCUGUACGAGUCUUUCAGGGACUACGUUGCGGUAGAAACUCUAGACGGAGAUAACAAGUACAUGGCGGAAGGCUACGGCCUACAGGACGCAAAGAAGGGCAUAAUCUUCCAAGCGUUCCCUCCUGUUCUACACCUGCAGCUCAAACGUUUCGAGUACGAUAUUCAGCGCGACGCGAUGGUCAAGAUCAAUGAUCGCCACGAGUUUCCCUUCGAAAUUGACCUUGACGAGUUCCUCGACGAGACAGUAGACAGAUCGCAACCUUGGGUAUACAAGCUCCACGGCGUCCUCGUGCACUCCGGAGACUUGCACGGCGGCCAUUACUUCGCCCUCAUCAAACCCGAUCGCGAGACACGAUGGCUGAAGUUCGAUGACGAUCGUGUCACGCCAGUCACUGAUCGCGAAGUCCUUGAGGAGAACUACGGCGGCGAGCCUUUGAACGGGCUGGUUUCGCCAAUGCAGCGGAACCAAGUUAGGGCAAUGAAGCGCUUCACCAACGCAUACAUGUUGGUGUACGUUCGCGAAAGCAUGAUAGACGAAGUGCUUGCUCCCUUCAAAGAGGAGGACACGCCAGCUCACUUGAAGCGCCGCCUCGAUGAGGAGCGUAUGCAGAUGGAGGCCAAGAAGCGUGAGCGCGAGGAGCAGCACCUAUACCUCACUGCGAAGGUCAUCACCGACGAGACAUUCGCCCAACACGAAGGUUUCGACCUGGCGAGCUUUGAUGAGCGUAGCUGGCCAGCGUCAGACUUACCUACGUUCCGCGUUCUCAAGAACGAGACUUACAGUACAUUCAAGGCGCGGGUCGCACAGCACUUCAACUACCCCGAGAAUCAGAUACGACUAUGGGUCUUAGUUAACCGCCAGAACAAGACAGUGCGCCCUGAUACGCAUAUACCCGAGAACGAACCUGCGUUGACUGUCGAGGUUAUCCGGAACAACAUGGCCAUCCGGCAACAGAACGAUCUUAGGCUUUAUCUGGAUGUAAUACCUGACCCUAUCAAACCGGAGAGUCUCGCAGGAUCUAUCAUGAUCUUCCUGAAGCACUUCGACACCUCAAAGCAGACCCUCUAUGGUGUCGGCAAGACGUAUGUUCCUCGGAGUAGCAAGGUCGGCGAACUCAUUCCUAUCGUCAACGAACGGAUGAGGUGGCAGCCGGGUACUCCGCUCAAGUUGUAUGAAGAAAUCAAACCUGGCAUGAUUGAGCUCAUGAAGCCGAAGCUCACUUUCACCCAGAGCGAGAUUCAGGAUGGUGAUAUUAUCUGCUUCCAGGUAGACAUCAACGAGAAAGAGAUCCAUGACCUCGAGAAUCAGGGGCUGCACUCAAAUCCCACACAAUACUACGACUUCCUCCAGAAUCGUGUGAUGAUCAUCUUCCGACCGAAAUUCGAGGAGGCAGAUCGGGACCAUCCAGAGUUCAGCUUGAUCCUUAGCAAAAAGCAGAAUUAUGAUAUCAUGUCCCAGAGGGUUGGCGAGUACCUCAAGCACGACCCGAUUAAGCUGCGAUUCACGACAACACAUGCGACGAACGGCUCACCGAAAACUGUUCUUAAACGCUCGCUGAACCAGAGUAUAUCAGAGAUCAUCUCGCCGGCGUACUCGAACGCACAGACAACUGUGAUCCUCUACGAGAAGCUUGACGUAUCAAUCGUGGAACUCGAGACAAAGCGCAGCCUCAAGGUCACCUGGACGGGCAGCCAUAACAAAGAGGAGUCGCAACACUCGUUCCUACUCCCGAAGACCAGUGCUGUUCAUGAACUUGCUGACCAUCUUGCGAAGCAAGUCAACCUUGCACCAGGCGGCACCGGCAAGAUUCGGAUCUUUGAGGUUUCGAGAGACGGCAAGACGCAGAAAGAGUUCACCGGUUCGGAAAUGAUUGGUAACAUUCCGGAUCCUGUCGACCUUUACGCCGAGGAAAUACCAAUAGACGAGCUUGAGGCUGACGAUGCCGACAAAGUUAUCAGCGUCUUCCACUUCUCCAAAGAAGUAUCAAGAACGCACGGCGUGCCCUUCCGUUUCGUGGUCAAACCUGGCGAGCGCUUUGCUGACACCAAGAAGCGCCUGCAAGCGCGAUUGGCGGUCCCUGACAAGGACUUCGCCAAGUACCGCUUCGCCUUGAUUCAGGUCGCGACUUUCAAGCAGCCAUCCUAUAUCGAGGACGACGACACAAUAUACGACCACAAGUUCGCGCCAGAAGACGUUCUGGGCUUGGAUCACGUCGACAAGUCUGGUAAAACGCGGACAGGCGCGGGGGAGAAGGCCAUUGUAAUUAGAGGAUAGGUCCGCUCCAUCUUCCCUCCCUCUCGUGCUUCACACGGAUACCGUCUGCUGUCGGUUUCUCUCACUUCCCCUCUUGUUCUCGUGGCACCCUGUAUUCGCUAUGAUCAUCGUACGUUACGAACAGUCCAAAUGUAUAUCAUUUC